AAGAUCCAAAAGAAGGCCAAAAAAAAUGCUUGCUCCAGCAGGAUCGCAAAUCUGAAAUUGCUCGAUCCAAAUUGUGUCUUGUACCUAAAAAGGAACCGCCAAAACCGAUAAAUAACUGCCUGACGUUCAGUCUUACAUCUAAAAAAUCUAAAUUUCGAUCGGGUUCUGCAAAGCUCCAAAAUACGAUUUUCUCCCUCCAAAAUCCGACAGGGAAAUAAGAAGAGUCGGAGCCAUUCGUGCUUAGACGAAGCAUCUAAAUCACACAAAACUUCUUUCUUUGCAUUUUUUGCUUAGAACACCUACCAAAACCAACAAAAUGCCGACUCGUUCCACCGGUACUGUCGCUAAGUGGUUGAACCACAAGGGUAUCGGAUUCAUCACGCCAGAUGGAAACCAGGAAGGCGAUCCAGACGUCCUGGUCCACUACCAGCAGAUCAAGCAGGAGUCCGAGGAUGGAUUCAAAUCCCUUCAGCAGGGAAGCCAGGUAUAAGGAUGAGAAAGAUUUUAGUUUUAGAUUUGCUGUUGCUUUAUUGACAUCAGGUAGCGUAAAUUGUCACGUGGUUCGCAAUUGAAUGAAUGAAAGAAAGAUGAUGAGAAUUUCUGAGUUUCUGUAACACCUCCAAGAUAAUUACUGUUGCUUUGGGGCUGUGUUUCGUGCAGAAGUUGAUGUGUUUUCUAAAGAACCCUGUGAUAAGAUCGAUUGAUUCUCACUGCUCAGCGAUCAUGUUCAAUCCUAAGAAUAUGUCAGUCUCUAUCCCGCCUCCAAAAACUUUCUUAGGUCGAAUUCGAGCUCGAAGAUGACCCGAAGGAUGGCGCCAAGAAGGUUGCCGUCAAGGUGACCGCUGUCGGUGGUGGUGACUGCGAGGCUAAGGUCAAGGGAAAGGGCAAAGGAAAGGGAAAGGGAAAAGGUAUUUCUUCAUCGAUUUCAUCCUUGUUUGGUGAUACCGUUUUGCAGCAAAACGAAUUCAGUGACCACGUUCGCGCCUGUCGUAGAAUUGGAAGGUUCAUUUGCUUUGUAAAGAAGCACUUGCAUCAUUAUUCGGUGUCUUCUCACGAAUAUGACUUUUCUGACCGAAAACCUCACCAUUACAACUCACUACAGGUAA